ACCGGUUCCAAUGGAUAAUCUACUCUGCGACGAGUCAUGGCUCUCGUGUCCACUAACUCCGGAGCCCAUACCAAACUUCCGCUUAAAUAUUCACGACGAUGACGUGGAGAUGUCUCCUGCGAUGGACGCAGCGACGGUGGAGGAAUCCAUUUCUAUGGAUUUAGAGAAAGAAUCAUGUUUCAGUAAUCACGGAGACAAAUUUAUUCAGUUUCUUGUUUCUAAGAAGUUAACCGAUGCUAGGUUUCGAUCGGUUCAAUGGCUAAUCCAGACUCGGAAUCGGCUUAAUCUUUCAUAUGAAACUGUUUUUUCCGCCGCAAAUUGUUUUGACCGGUUCGUCUAUGUGACCAGCUGCAACGAAUGGACUAAUUGGAUGGUGGAAUUAGUCGCAGUAACUUCACUAUCGAUUGCAUCAAAAUUCAACGAAGUUACGUCCCCUUCACUUCAAGAACUUCAGAUGGAAGGGUUAAACCAUUUGUUUCACCACAAGACCGUCCUUGAGAUGGAACUCAUACUGUUGAAUGCUCUGGACUGGCGUGUUAACUCGGUCACGAGUUACUCUUUUUCGCAACUUGUCGUGACAAAAGUCGGGUUGGUAGGAGGAGAAGCGAUGAUGAAUCUAAUCACUGAUCAUCUGCUAGAUGAUUUAUGCGAUUUGAAGAUGCUUGAAUAUGCACCAAGUGUCGUGGCGGUUGCGGCUGUGUGGGAUGUAGCUAUAGAAGAGAACCUUGUUGGAAAAAUCAUGAAUCUUUUUGGACAAGGACACAAGGAGGAUAUUGUGAAAUGUGUUGAUGUUAUGAAAUCUCGAAACAACGUUGAAAAGGGUUGGAGAAGAAAAGCUUGUGAAGUGAAUAGUCUUGCGAGUAGUGUGUCGCAAAGAGGGGAAGUGAUGAACAUCAACGGUGAUAACUGCGUUGGAGAUCUUUCUGCCAUUUUCCAGAUUUUACGAUCCGAAGGAUUCAAUAAGAAGAGAGAUAGAGAUAACUAUGAAGACAACUUUCGUCCUGCAAAAAGAGUGACAUUUGUUAUGUCAAAUUAA